AUGGGUGACAAGGAUUUAAGAAGCACUUCAAAGGAAAUUGAAAAUCCGUGCGAAGACCUUGUGAUUGAUGUUCCAGAUGACUUGCAAACUACCUUGCGGCCAGAGAUAUGUAUCUGCCAUGUUCCUGUAAACUUGCGCCGAUUGAAUGAAGAUGCCUAUACCCCCCGGCAAAUUUCUAUAGGCCCUAUUCACCACGAGAAGGAAAAUCUGAAAGGUAUGGAAACACAGAAACGAAGAUAUUUCAAAGAAUUCUGUAACAGACUGCCUAAGGAAAAACUGAAAAUGUUUCGGAAGGACCUUGAGAGCGCCGUUAAAGGUUGUGAAGUUCGCAUCCGCAAUUAUUAUCAAGAUGAGGCAUUUAAAAAUUUCAAGGAUCCAAAAGUGUUUCCGAAUAUGAUUCCGAAUAUGAUUCUAUGGGAUGCUGUAUUCAUCUUUGAGCUCUUCUUGAAGACUAGAGAAUAUAAGCGAGAUCAAAACAGAUCUCAACACAAAUACAAGUACGAUUUUAUAUUAGGUAAACCCUGGCUGACAGCUGCUAUUCAACGGGACCUGAUAUUGCUUGAAAACCAGCUACCGUUCUCAAUUCUUGAUGAAUUAUAUAGGGUUGCUGCCAAGCACGUACACAUUGAAGCCGAUUGCUCUUCUUUCCUGAAACUUUCUUGCCAGUACUUCGAAAACUAUAAAAAGCGCAGAUCCGACCCUAAUGAUACAUUACAUUUCACUGAUUUGGUAAGAUUUUUUUGGUCCUGCAAACACCCAGAGCCAAAUUCUGUCAAAACAAUUAAAAAUCUUUAUAGAGCAACUAGGCUGCACCAGGCAGGAUUGAAGCUCAAGCCAUUACAAAAUCAAUGCUUGCUCGACAUAACAUUAAGGAAAGGUGAGUUGCACGUUCCAUGCUUUGAGAUUGAGGAUAAUACUGAAUGUAUCUUACGAAACCUUAUGGCGCUGGAGCAGUGUUAUUAUCCUGAUGAAGCGUACAUCUGCCAUUAUGUUAAAUUUUUGGAUUUUCUUGUGGACGUCGGUGAAGAUGCAGAUUUGCUUAUUAAAAGUGAAGUUAUUGUUAAUAGGCUUGGAGAAAGUGCUGCUGUGGCUGAGCUGCUUAACAAACUUUGCCUAGAAAUUGUAGAAGUUUCUUCAUGUUAUUACGAUCUCGCCACAAAGUUGAAUGCUCACUCUGAUAGCUGCUGGAACCAAUGUUGGGCCUACUUCAGAAGAACGUAUUUCAAGAAUGUUUGGAUAGGCACUGGAACUGUUGUUGGAUUUAUCGUCCUGUUCAUCACUUUGUUUAAGUUUAUUCAAUCCUUUACUCGGUCCUCUCAAGGUUCUAUUGCUUCAGUGACGUCAGUAGAAUUCCCUUUUUCUAUGUAG